UUACGGUGGAAGGAGAAGGUUUAUGGGGACUCUGUGCUUUCUGUUCAAUUUUUCUGUAAGCCUACCGAAAACUGCUGUAUGAAAUAAAGUCUAUUAAUUAAAAGAGGAAAAAGUAUAAUAUAAUGCCAUUUUUUUAAAAAAAGGAAAAGAAAAAUGAACUCUAUUUCUGUGUGUGUGAACACAGAAAAACAUCCAAGAAGAGCUAUACCAAAAUGUUCGUAAUGGUAGUUUUCGAGUUUUAAGAUGAUGGGUGAUCUUUUACACUUCCUGAUUUUUCUUUUUUUCUUUUUACAAUAUGCACGUAUUGCUGGAAAACAAAUCACAGGAGACUAUGAAACAAAAUUGUCAACAAUAACAAAAAAAAGACAAAAAAAGAAAUCCUCAAAUCUGCCUUUAACCAUGAUUUCUCUUGGCUGGGGGGUUAAAAAGCAACUGGAGACCAUUAUCCUAGGUGAAGCAUCUAAAGAAGGGAAAAACAAACACCACGUGGACUCGCUGUUAAACUGGAACUGACUGAUGAGGACACAUGUGCACAGCGGGAAGUCAAACUUAAGGAAAUCAAGCUGUGGGGAGGAGUGGGGAAGAGAGGAAGGGCAAAAACCUACCUAAAGGGUACAAUGAACACGAUCUGGGUGACAGGCACACUUAUAACCAUGACUCAAGCAUCAUAAAAGUGAUCCGUGUAACCAAAAAAUAUUUGUAGCCCCGUAAUAUAUUGGAAUACAUUUUUUAAAAGCAACAGUUUCAGGGUGGAGUCCAAAGAGAGGCAAGGCUAGCAGCCGCGGUUGUCUACUGGGAUCAGGGGAGUGCCUGAUUUCAUAAAGGGAACCGUGAAGCCAGCUCCACUGUUUCCAAACAAACGAAACUGAAACCAGAAACCAAGAAAUAAAAGCCGUGGGUUCCGGGGAGGCAGUUCUGUCCCCACCGGCUCUCCUGUCCCUGCCCGAGUAUCAUGAUGGCGCUCAGAUAUACCCCAGCCAAGGAUCUGGACAAGUUCAUCAAAGACAAUCUCCAGCCGGACACGAGUUUCCGAGAGCAGGUCAAAAGGGCCAUCCACAUCAUCUGCAGCUUCUUGAAGGAGAGGUGCUUCCAAGGUGCCAGCCAUCCCGUGCGGGUGUCCAAGGUGGUGAAGGGCGGAUCCUCAGGCAAAGGCACUGCUCUCAGAGGCCGAUCUGAUGCUGACCUGGUGGUCUUCCUCAGUCCUCUUAGAAGUUUUCAGGACCAGUUAACUCUCCGGGGAUUGUUCAUCGAGGAAAUUAGGAAGCAGCUGGAAGCCUGUCAAAGAGAGAGAACAUUCAGCGUGAAGUUUGAGGUCCAGAAUCCAAGAUGGGACAACCCCCGCGUGCUCAGCUUCGUGCUGUGCUCACCCCAGCUCCAGGAGGGGGUGGAGUUCGACGUGCUACCUGCCUUCGAUGCCCUGGGCCAGUGGACCGAAGGCUCUAGACCUGACCCCCAAAUCUACAGCAAGCUCAUCUGGGAGUGCAGCUACCUGGGGAAAGAGGGCGAGUUCUCCACCUGCUUCACGGAGCUACAGCGAGACUUCCUGAGGCGCCGUCCAGCCAAGCUGAAGAGCCUCAUCCGCCUAGUCAAGCACUGGUACCAAAUGUGCAAGGAGAAGCUUGGGAAGCCCCUGCCCCCGAAGUAUGCCCUGGAACUCCUGACAGUCUACGCUUGGGAGCAAGGGAGCAUGGCCCCAGGAUUUAUCACAGCCCAGGGCUUUCAGACCGUCUUGGAAUUAGUUAUAAACUACCAGCACCUUUGCAUCUACUGGACGUUGUAUUAUGACUCAAAAAACCCCGAUAUUGGAGAGUACCUGCAAAGGCAGCUCAAGAAACCCAGGCCUGUGAUCUUGGACCCGGCGGACCCUACAGGGAACCUGGGUGGUGGAGACCCAGAGGGCUGGUGCCGGCUGGCACGAGAGGCUGAAGCCUGGCUGAGUUUCCCGUGCUUUGAGAGAUGGGAUGGGUCUUCGGUAGGCUCCUGGACCGUGCCGAUUUAAAGACACAAUGAGAACUCUGAGACCUACGCUCAAAGAGUGCAUCAAGAACAUGCUUAUGUCAGGACAUAUCAGUGCCUUUAUUUCUUGCAGAGCCUCAUCACAUACCCAGCAUCCAUUGCACAGGAGGAAGAGGACUGGAGGUGCACCAUCUUCUAACCGCAGCACAUCUCAGGGACAAGAGUCAUCCAGAUAACCCCCCUCAUUUCCAGCUGAGACCCUGGAUCCUGAUAAGGAAGUUUUGGCAUCCCGUUUAAUGGCUGCGUUGUACUUUACCAUGUGGAUAAUCCACUUGUGUUGUUCUUUGAGUGUCCCACGAUUAAAAACAAUACUACAAGCAACAGUAGAGUAACUAAGUCAGCAAUUAGCUAUUUAAUCGAAGAGCACGUGGCCACAUGAUCGGGCUUGUAUCUACAAUGGGGUCCAGCAGCGCACCAGGGUUGUCUCUCAAAGGGCAUGUGAUUUUUUGCUGAAAAAUGGCAUGGCUUGUUCCAGAGGCCUCAUGCUGUGUUUACAGUUCUCUGCCUGGAGCUCACUAUAAUCUCCUCGUGGCAUCUUUUCCUGUAACUCACACUUUUGACGUGACGGGGACUGCCCGGUUGUCCCACCCACGUGGCAGGGCGACUCGCACUGCAGCCUAGACCUGCUGCAGAACUCUUUAGGGCUAAGGGAGGUGCUCAUUUCUGCACCCCCUCACCCUGGGAUGUGACAUUGGCUUCGAUUUACUAUCCUGGCCAGGGAAGUGGCCAUUUCAAAGGCACCUCCAUGACCAGCCUCAGUGCCAUAGCCCUUACUUAACCCGCGGGCCAAUGCGGGUAGUGCCUUUUCCCAAGUGUGUCCUUUUCGAGCAGAUAUUCAGAGCACAGGAAAAUGACCCGCAGGCGGGUCCACAGACACGGUGGGCACACUGUGAGGCUGACUUGGCCAGGACCCCGUUUGUCACCCCUGGCUUCCACAUGCCCCUGCUCUGAUGGGGCAGAGGCUGAUGACACUUUGGGUCUUCAUGCAUCACCGACCCUCUGCCCAACAGUCUUUGGAAUGGUUGGGUUUCCCCCUUUCCCAGCGUGCCGUCCCUGAAUAAGAGGCCACAGGUCCCUUGGGGGAAACCAUUACUGUAUAUGCUACAGUGUUGCAAGGUCCUUUCCCCAGGGGACCUCA